UCCUCAACGCUCUCCCUUUCUUCUCCAUUCCCUCGCCUCCACUUCUCUCUGCCUCCAACGCCAUCGCGGACAAGCACCAAGGCAAGGAAGCCCAUCAGAUCAACGAACAUCGAUCGGUCCAUGGGAAGGCGGGAAAUGAGCGGACGGCUGUCGGCCGAGUACCAGGGCCUGGAGGUGAAGGUGCCCAGCCUCUUCCGGUGCCCCAUCUCGCUGGACGUCAUGCGGUCGCCGGUGAGCCUCUGCACGGGGGUCACCUACGAGCGCGCCUCCAUCCAGCGCUGGCUCGACUCCGGGAACACCACCUGCCCGGCCACCAUGCUCCCGCUACCCUCCACGGACCUCGUCCCCAACCUCACCCUGCGCCGCCUCAUCGCGCUCUGGGCGUCCACUGCCGCGCCCCCCUCUCCCUCCUCCUCCUCAUCGUCGUCCCCGCCCGCGCCGUCCGCAGUUGGGCCCACGCCGGCCGCCGCGGCGGCUGAGCUUCUUCGCCGGGUCGCCGCGCCUGGCGCCGACCCCUGCCCCCCGCUCCGGAAGCUUGCGGCUUUCCUAAACGACGACGACGUGGACGAGUUCGACAAGAACGCGUUCGCGAGGGCGGCCGGCGCCGCGGAGACCGUGGCGUCCGUGCUCCGGCGGGCGGAGAAGGAGGAGGGCCUCGAGGCCGCGGAGGCCGCCGUGCGCGUGCUGGCCGCGAUCGCGGCGUCCGACUGCAUCGAGGAGGAGAACAAGCGGCGCGUGGCCGCGGCGCUCGCGGCCGACGCGCGGUCCACGGCCGCGUCCCUGGCGCGCGUGCUGCGGGGCGGGAGCGCGCUGGAGGCCCGCGUCGACGCGGCGCGGCUGGUGGAGUCGCUGCUCCGCAAUGCGGCGGCGCGCGCGGCGGUGGCCGAGUCCGAGCCGCUGGUCGCGGAGCUGGUCCGCCUCAUCGGCCCCGCGGACGAGAAGGGCGGCCUGGACAGGGGCGCCGUGGCGGCGGGGCUCUCGUGCCUGGCGGCCAUCGCGGCGACGCGGCGCGCCCGCGCCGAGAUGGUCCGGCUGGGCGCCGUGCCGGCGGCCGUGCGCGUCCUGUCCGCCGACGCCGGGUGCCCUGCCCAGGCGCUCCGCGUCCUGGAGGCCGCGGUGGGGUGCGCCGAGGGCCGCGCCGCGAUCUGCGAGUCUGCGGAGACCGCCGUCCCGGCGGUGGUGUCGCGGAUGAUGAAGGGCGGGAUGGGCGGCGCGGAGGCGGCCGUGUCGGUGCUGUGGGCGGUGUGCCACCGGUACCGGGACCGGCGCGCGGUGGCGGCGGCGGCGGGCUGCGAGGGCGGGCUGGCGCGGCUGCUGCUGCUGAUGCAGAGCGGGUGCUCGGCGGCGGCGCGGCAGAUGGCGUCGGAGCUGCUCAAGAUCUUCAAGGUGAACGGCAAGAGCUGCCUCGGCGGGUAUGACUCCAAGACCAGCCACAUCAUGCCGUUCUGACCGGACGGCGACCACGCGAAGCGGAUGAUGCAUGCCACGGGUGGGCGGUGGGCGGAUGGAGCAGCGGAAAUUCCUCUGUUUCUUCUUCUUCUUUUUUCCGAUUUGCAUUCUUGGUUGGGUGGAAGUUGAUAGAGGAGAAAAGAAAUUGGUUCUCGGGGAGGAAGACAAACCUGUACAUGGGUAGAGAAUUUUGGUAGAAAAAGAAGGAAUUAAGGAUGAGAAAAAUUCAGCUCCAUGGUUCGAAUCAACCCGGUUCUUGUUUGCCGUUGGCCAAA